GGUUUCAGAGGGAGGUCCCAUGGCGGCCCUCCCCCCGACAUAAUAAAGUCGUGUUAGGACGCCACAGUGGUAAGUGAAGCAGCAUUUCGAGCGCAGUCAAGUCAUUUGUUCUCACAUCAUAACAUGAAUGAAGUUGGCACGACGCGCUCACGAUACUGUAUCCUAGAUAGCUGUCUUUCAGUGGGCGCCAUUUUAUUUCAACUUGUUUAAACUCUUAUUAAACAAUUGUCAUGGACGAGGACGGCAAUUUGUUUCCCGAAUUGAAGGACAUAGAGACCAAAUUGGGUCGCAAAGUUCCGGAAAGUCUCAUUCGCUGCCUUGUUGGAGCAAAGCACAACAAUGGGACAUCAACAGCAGCAGCGCGUGCAGGAUAUGGCAAGAUUCUGGCAAAUUCUUCGGAUUUUAAACGACUGGAGAGCAAAAUGCUCAUCCUUAAACAAGAAAUGGCCAACCUGCGCGCCAUCGACGUCAAACUAAUGCAUCAGCUCCUGUCCAUCAACGAGGGCAUCGAGUCCAUCCGCUGGAUGAUCGAUGACAAGGGGGGCGUGGCCAGCCAAGAGGGCAGCCUGUCGGGUAGUCUGUACAGUUUGUCCGACAGCCAGGAUGGCGUCUCGCUGGGAGGCAGCCUCAGCAGCUUGAACGACGCUAACAGCGACGGCUUGGACGCUCUGUCGGUGGGCAGCUAUCUGGACACACUCGCUGAAGAUCUACCAGAAGACCCUUCACCGUCCAAUUUGGACUGUUUGGUGGAUAAAUCCUUAAUAGAUGGCCACGCCUUCAGUAAAUCGCCACUGAAACUGGGGGUGGAAUCUGAUGAAUACUACUGCUUUGGAUAAAAAAAUAUGUUUUUUUUCAUUGUGGUCUUGUUUUUUUUUAAAUUAACACAUGACUCACUUGUGACUUUUUUUGUUCUUUAAAUUCUGUAACUUGCCACACCAAACCACUUAGGUCACACCCAAACCUCUUUAACUGGUAAUGUCUUUUAUGGUAACCUUGCGUGUCAGGUGCAUAGAACCUAUUUAUUUACUUAAUUUAUUCAGUACUGUACACUCGGAAAAUGUAGCAAACCCGACUCUUCAAGGGACCAGCGGCUUUUGUUUCCUGUGAUGUUGACUUUUGCAAUUUGGGAAGUCCAAUACUUACUCCUCAGGGUUUUGAAAAUUCACAGCAAACUCAAAAUUUAAGAAGUUAGAAGUUGUGUCUUACUGGAUCGUAACCUAAAAUGUUCUGCUUUUGGAUCCUUGGUUGCUAACUGUGCAUUACAGUCCAAUGAUUAGUCCAAAUGUUAUGCUAGUUAGUUAGUUUUUGGAUGCAAAUGGAAAACUUUCAGAUUUACAAUGGUUUGUUUUUUUUAGGAAGUAUCCUCAUUGUUACAACUUCUGGACCGUUGACACUUCAGUUUUACAAUUUGGGAUUGUAUCCACUUAGUUUGUACAAAGGUACCUUGGAGUCUAGUCAUUACUCCUAAAGAGUUGCAAUGUUAUGACUAAUUCAACCUUUAAGAGAGCCAUGGUUCAACCAUGGUUUGUUUGUUUUUUUUUGUGGUACCUUCACAGUUCCUACUUUGGCGGCCUUGACACAACAGUUUGGGGAACAUAACUGUAUCCCUUGAGCCUCGGAAAAGGUGCUACACUGUCUACUUACUAGAUCUAGUGGGUAGAAAUGUAAGGAAUUCUAACACAAAUUUAACCUUCAGGUGGUACACAACUUUUGGAACCUUAACUAUUGACUUUUGCAACUUGGCAAUGGUCCCUCGGACCCAGUUUUGUGAUGCACAGUUAGACUCCCACUAUAGAACAACUUUUUAAGAUGAAGUUAUACAUUUAUCCGCUUAUUUAAAGGUCCCAGCAUCUAUAAUCAGACAACCCGAGUAAAGUACACGAGCAAGAUUUAGCAUUGGAUGUUUCAUUAUGAGUGAUUCAGGAGGUUUUAAUUGGUGUGUUCGGGUGCCAAAUCCUGAGCAACACAUAAAUAGUCAUAAUUAAAUAAUAGUUAUUCCCAUAAACCUUGAGCAAAGACUGUAGUCUGAAAGUAUAAAAAAAAAGCAAUUUAAGAUUAAGUGCGCAUUUACAGCACACAUGCUUGACUGAAAACCAAAGCUAUAUUUGUUGCCUGGUAGAUAAUUUUAGCCUGAGGGGCAUUGUUCUUGUGUGAAACACAUGUUUGCCAUGUGGGCACUUUUUUUUUUUUUUAAACAUAAAAAUGUACAUUAAAAACACGUCAUUUUAGCUUUAAAUUGUGUCAGUUGCGGCCUUGUUUUGUACUGAUUGCUGAUGAUUCUUAGUAAAUAAUAUAUUUGUGAUUUGUUACUCGA